AUAGUGAUCUCCCCCCAGCGCCCAUGUUUCCUGUAGGCGUAGGCCUGGCAAGAACCUGAUCAAAUUGUCCCUUUUUCUUCUCUUGUUCUUCCCGACCAUAUGGUAAGCAGCUUCUGUGCUCGGAUUAAGUUUCAAUCUUUUCCAACCUUUCUGGAUUGAACAUUUGAAAAAGUGACAGAUGACGGAAAGCCCUCCCAGAGUUGGGAGGAGUUAUCCAGCCCCUCUUUGGAGACUUUGGGGAUCCCAAUACAAUUUUUCCAGCUAUCGUGGAAGGAUAACCACCAAAGGACCUUAAAUCUGCAAGAGGCAGGAAUAACCCAACAAGAAAUGCGGUGGCAUUCACUUUGGAGGAACAGGAAAGAGAGAAGGAUGGCGAUAGAAAAUUCCACGGCAGUUGAGGGCUCAUCCAGUAGCCUUUGGAUACAGAGAUGCUGAGUUUCUGGCAGGAAGGAAAAUUGAGAAUUUGGGCUCAAUAGCUGUCAAGACUUCUCCUUUUAAGAGGAAGUUGAACAAGAAGUUCCAUCAAUGGAUGGCAGGCCCAUCCCCACCACGAAGACCCGCAUAGUGAAGCGGAAAGGCCGCCAGCAUUCACUUCAGGUUCAGAGUUACCAUCACGAGCCCUUCAUCUCCUGCCUAGCAGGGCUCUACAGCUGUCGAUGGAAGCGGUACCAGCGAAACAGGGUGAAGCCGGGGCAUUGUUGCUGCAGCGUGAGAGAGGGUAUAUUUUUUACAGUGCUGGUCAUCACUUUCUCCUUCUGGUUCAUCUUUACAUACCUGUGGGGUCAAAUCAGAAAUGACUAUCCCAGCUUUGACAGGUACAGCUUUGACAACAUAGGCUUUUGGUUUCACUGGUCCACUUUUCUCCUAGUACUAUGUGUGAUCUUUAUCGUCUACCUUUCUUUCUUAAUGGUCAUAGCAGUGUGUCUGCUGUCAUGCACUCAAGAGCUGUAUCUGCACUGGAUUCACAAGAUGGGGACACUGUUCAUCCUUGGUCUCUGCAUUUUGGCUUUUAUCAUAAUAACAUUUCUGUGGACAAACCAAUGGGCCACAUUAUCCCUGUCAUUUCAGGUCACAGCUCCCUUUUUCCACUUGGGUGGCAUCCUCAUCAUGAUCUUCUUGGCUUGGCCAGUGGCAAAGCAUUUCUUUCAUAUGGAAAACAAAGUUUCACAGGCAUUUAUCCUCUGCCCUUACCUGUGUGUCCUCCUCUUUCUUCUCUUCAUACCCCUGGGAAUGUAUUCACCCUGCGUCCGGGAAGAGGGAACACUGGGUCCCAAGCCACUCCUCAUUGGCCACAGAGGAGCACCAAUGGUGGCACCUGAGAAUACAGAAAUGUCAUUUCGUAAAAGCAUCGAACAUGGCGCUGCUGGUUUGGAGACAGACGUCACAAUUAGCUUCGACGGUGUUCCCUUCCUUAUGCACGACAGAACUUUAAAAAGGACUACCAAUGUUGAUACUGUGUUUCCUGAGAGGCCGGACAUAGAUGCCUCCAUGAGUCCUUGGUCACAACUGAAGAUUCUGAAUGCUGGAGAGUGGUUCUUUGAGAAAAGACCAUUUAUCAGCAUGCCUAUGCUCUCAGAAGAGGAUGAACAAUUGGCCAGGAAGCAGCAAAUUUACAAGUUCAGUGAUUUCUUGAAGCUUGCUGACCAGGAGAACAAAUAUGUCAUCUUUGAUCUUUACCGCCCUCCAAAGUUUCACCCUUACAGGGAUAAAUGGAUCAGUAGGACCUUAGACGUGAUUCUUAAUGAAUCAAAGAUUAGAACCAAUUUGGUUCUGUGGCUGACAGCUGAAAAUAGAUCCUAUGUUCACUCUGUGGCUCCUGGCUUCAAGCAGGUUUCAUCCAUUCCAGUUUCUGUUGAGGAGCUCCAGAAAAGAAACAUUGUGAAGCUCAAUUUGGACUACAGAAUGAUGGGCAGGGUAAAUAUUCGGAAAUAUGCAGAAGCCAACAUCACAACCAACUUCUGGGUUGUCAAUGAGCCGUGGUUAUUUUCCUUGGCCUGGUGCUAUGGAGCCCAUUCUGUAACCACCAAUGCUGUGCACAGCCUGAAAGCUAUGACUGAGCCUGACUUCCUCAUGGAGGAUUUUGCAGUGGAGUGAGGAGCUCCAGAGAGCGGUGGUGUCAUUGCAGUUGUUGUCACUUGGUGGGGAUGCCCAGAAAGGGCUGCUCUGCUCUCCCUUCCGCUGCCUUGCUCUCCUGCCCCUGGCUGCCUGUCCAUCACCCAGCCAGACUACUGCUGUAUGGAAUCAUAGACCACAAGGGUCAUCCUGUCCAACUCCCUGCCAUGCAGGAACGCAAAGCAUCCCUGACA